AUGCACUAUAGCAUGCUGUGCAAUGUGGCAGCUGUUCCCCAAAUUCGCGUUGUUGUUGAGCUCCGCUGCUGGGCAUCGAAAGGCAAGCCGAGUUUGUUGUUUGUUUGAAAAAGGCUACGGAUUGAAAAUUCAGACAAUUUCUCUGAGUCACUGGUUACUUCCCGUUACUUUAUCCAUGGAGGAAUAAGAACACAAACAUUUUGAUUUGACAUGUUUGAAGUUUGAGUUGCAUUGUCAGAUUGUAAGGUGAACAGGAAAGCGUCCGCACAACGUGAACUGCAAGGCACUUGCAGAUUUAAAUUCUUCAUCACUCACUGGAAACAAGAAAUUGCUAUGUCAUCAAGGAAGAGACACCCCAGCCCUAAUAAUGCAAACAAUAUAAAUUUUACAAAUGACAUUAAUUAUGCUAGAGGAGGCACAGAGCAAAAUUCCCUGCAAGCUGAUAGCAGAGAAGACAUGGACAUUGAAAUGGAAGGAGAAGGCUUGAAAGGAGACUAUAGAAACAUCGCGCUUCUCCUGUUACUGUACGUUCUGCAAGGCAUUCCAUUAGGCCUGGCUGGGAGUAUACCAUUGGUGUUACAAAGUCGCAAAGUCAGCUACAGCAUGCAAGCCGUUUUUAGUUUUGUUUACUGGCCGUUCAGUGUCAAGCUUAUCUGGGCACCCAUUGUAGACUCGUUAUUCGUUCCCAGAUUUGGCCGGCGGAAAACCUGGCUUGUGCCUACUCAAUACCUUAUUGGUUUCUUCAUGUUGUUUUUGUCAAGUCAUGUACCCACAAUUCUCGGUGAUAUAGAACCCAGUGAAAACUCUCCUCGUGUUGAUGUAUACUUCCUCACUGCAGUAUUUUUCAUGUUGAAUUUCCUGGCCGCUACACAAGACAUUGCAGUGGAUGGCUGGGCACUCACAAUGCUCUCCAGACGCAAUGUUGGAUAUGCAUCAACCUGUAAUUCUGUGGGACAAACGGCGGGUUAUUUCCUGGGCAAUGUUGUAUUCCUUGCUUUGGAAUCGGCAGAUUUUUGCAAUAAGUACUUGAGGUCAGAACCCAAACCUCAUGGAGUGGUCACUUUGUCAGAUUUCCUGUAUUUCUGGGCAUGUGUCUUCUUAGUCACCACCACUCUGGUAGCAUUGUUCAAGAGAGAGAAACCUGGCCAUAGUUCUGAAGAUGAAUUAAGCUGUGGUGUGUUUGGCACUUAUCAACAGCUCUACAAACUUUUGAAGCUACCUUCUCUCAAAUCUUACAUUGCCUUUGCUUUGACAUAUAAGAUAGGAUUUGCCGCAGCAGAUGCAGUAAGUGGUCUCAAACUAAUAGAGGAAGGUGUUCCUAGAGAGAAGAUGGCUCUACUUGCUGUUCCUAUGGUCCCUCUGCAGGUGAUUCUACCUUGGAUCAUUAGCAAGUAUUCCAGUGGCCCUAGACCUCUGGAUCUACUAGUAUCAGCUAUUCCAGUUAGAUUGCUUAUAGGUGGCAUAGUAUUCUCUUCCAUUGUUUGGUGGACUCCAUAUGUCAAAUCAACAACGGGUGACUUUCCUACGUACUAUUACGCCGUCCUCAUUAUUGCGUAUGGAGUUUAUCAGAUUCCUUUGUACUGUAUAUUUGUAUCUGCCAUGGCAUUCAAUGCUCGCAUCAGCGAUCCACGUAUUGGUGGUACCUACAUGACGUUACUGAAUACCGUACAGAACUUGGGAGGCAAUUGGCCUGUCACAGUCGCUUUGUGGUUGGUGGAUUUCCUAACUUGGAAGUCAUGUAUUGGUGGAUCACAUGAUAAAGGACCAGAGCUUGAUUGUGAUAACAAGGCAGAGGCCAAGGUCUGUAGUGAAGCUGGUGGGCAUUGUGAGACGGAUGUUGAUGGUUACUACAUUGAAAUCGUAGCCUGCCUCAUCAUUGGUUUUACCUGGUUACUAUGGAGAUCUAAGAAAGUCCGUCAACUCCAAGAUCUUAAGGAGGAUGCCUGGAAGUGUCCUAACGAAUGACAGUUACAUGUGGUCUGAAUAUUGAAGACUUGAUGAUGGAGACCAGGGUACAUGGCACCAGUCUUACAUCCCAAGACAAAACAUGACAAACCAUUUCAGGUGACACGUGACAGUUUCAAUUUCUGGUAACCAUUUUCAGGUAGUAACCAGAAAUCUACAUGCAUCAUUUCUUCAAGAGUACUUUUGAAAAUUUAUGCCUUGGGAACAUGUUAUGAUAAAGUAAAGCUUGUAGAAUCAUUGUUGAGGGGUUUGCGUGUGCGUUGCUUAUUCUGUAGAUUAGUUGCAAAGAAGGUAAAAGCAAAACCAAUGUGAGAUACGUUUUCUGUUUUUUUUUCAAGCCAUCAAGUAUGGGGCUUGGUCAAAAAAGACAAUUUCCAUGUUGACCUUGAAAAUGAUUGGUAAAGCCAUUUGAUUUAUCCACUGAAAACAUACAUCAGCUUCAAACAGACCACAUGAAAGAUGUUCAAUGAAGAUUUAAGUAAUAUUAAUGUUUUGUUUAUUUCUGGGUGCAAAUGGAUAAAUUAUUAACAAAAUAUCUUGAUAAGGCUUUCCAUUCCAUGAAGACUUUUCUAUAUUUUGGAUCCUCUUCAACUUCUGGUGAAUCUACAGAUAUUUUUGAAUAUUUGAAAGCGCUAUUAUGAUUUUAAUUUAAUAGAUUUAGCAAAAGGAAAAUGUCUUUAAAUCAGAUGUGAUGUGGGAAGAUUUCAAGUGAAUUAAUACUUGAAUUUGACAAUCUACAAUAAUUUUACUCAUCAGUGUUUAACACAAUACAAAAGCCUUCCAUCAUACCCAAAAUGAAAAACUGUAAUCUCUCAACGUUGAAGUACAGACACUGAUCAUUACUCAGAGCAGGUUAGAACUCAGAAUCCAUUGUUCACACUGUACUGGAGCCAUGUCUGAAUUGACUUAGCCAUGGCUGUCAAGAGCACCCUAUGGGGAAUGGUUGUAGCCAUUAGCAAUUGGCUCCCAUAAAAGCACCUGCUAAUUUUUUUUGCCAGCUGCAGAUAAUAAAUUCUGACUUCCCCAAAAUGCCCAACAUGUUUUCAGAGGGGCAUUUAUGAAUUACACAGACCAUUCUUGACUUCCUGUCAGACUUGGAUGAUUGCAGUUGGUCAGGGAGUGAGUCAGGUGAUUCAUGAUAUGAGACAGUGAUUUUGUAGUUACGUUAGGCUUCAAGUGCAGUUUUAAGUAGUGCAAUGUGACUGAAGCAUUGUCGUUUUUACAAGAAAGAAAAAGCAUAUAUACUACAUUCAGAUGAUGCAAUUAAGAUAUUACUAUUUGUGUCUCUCUCUAACUUUAUGAUGAAUCACUAUCACAACUCCUGGUACAUUUAUUUAAAAAAUCAUUAGAUGUUCUGAAAUACAAGUUCUACACAUAGGAAUGGAUGCAUAAGUAGUGUAUAUUUCAAAUUACAAUAUAGAUUAUUGUUAUUACCAUUUCACAAUUGUGACGAUUGUAAUGAGUUGUUAGUUUACAUUCAUUUUUUGUGAUCUUUGAUUCUUUUCCCCCAAAAGCAUUUUUGCUUUUAGUUGAAAUUGUCUGGUAGGAAUGAUUUUAAUUUUUAAAAGCAAUUAAUAUAGCUUCUUGUCACUUGUUCUCUUUCAGUGUGUUUUGUGACAGCACAGUCUGACAUUUCCAUAAUCCAGCUAAAGAAUAUGUACAUUUGCUAUAAAUUGAAAAAAUAUGCUAUUAAAAGUCUGUACAUGUAUAAGAAUACAUCAGUAAAAUGUACUGAAAAUUAAGUGUGGUAUUUUUAUCAAAGAUAAACAGCUUACGUUAUUGGCCCUUGUGAUAGCAGCAAUCGUUCGUGGAUAUUUACACCCUCCACGCCUUGUAGGGAAUAACAGACACUUGAUAAUAUGGCAGUCCUCCACCAAUCAAAUGACACUAUUUGAGGUACAAAAAAAAAUUGUAGUACCACUCAUAAGCAUUUUGGUCCAUUGUUUCAGGCUUUGCUUCAGUAAGAGGUUAGGUGUUGUGUUUACAA